UUUCUUUCUUUCAGCUUCUUCUUCUUCUGCAUUCUUCGUUUAUUACUGGCCUUUGUAAUCAUGAGUCUUUGCGCCAUCAUUGCUAUGGAAAGCCUCUCUCUCUCUCUCUCUCUCUCUCUCUCUCAUGUGCAGAUACAGACACAAAAUCACAGCUAUAUGAGUCUUACCCACAAAGCCACCUAUUUAAAGUGUAAGAAGUAAGCGUUUUUUUUCCCUCAUAGCUUUCUUUCAUUCAUUCAUCUCUUUAAAAGGAAACCCACCUCUCAUUUUUCUCAAAAUAAACAAACAAAAACAAAAUGUGCAUUAACUCCUCAUCGAUCCCACGUUGUCCCUUGCAUUCUGCCUUGCGCCAUCCACGGCCGCCAAAGCGACAGAACCUCCGAGUUGGCCGGCUUUGCAGGAGGAGAAGGCUUUUGAAAGAAGCGAAAGAGAAGAAAAGGGUGAGGGCAGAGAUGGAAAUCAAGAACUUGAAAUUGUACAUGAAGAACCGGAGCAUCAUAGAAGAGAACGAGAAGCUGAGAAAGAAGGCUCUGCUGCUUCACCAAGAGAACCAGGCCCUGUUUUUUCAGCUCCAAAAAAAGCUGUCUCAAGAGCAACAGCGACAUCAAUCACUGAUAUGAAUAUAUGCUGCCAUGCAGAAACUAAAAGAAUAGGAAGGAGUAGGAGCCUCGAUCGCUUCUUUGAUGAUCUUUUGGGGGAGUCUCAAUGUCUCAUAUAUAUCUCCUUUUUUUUUUUUCUUCUUCUUUUUUGGUUUUCUUUGGGGGUAAAUUAAGUUUCUUUAAAUAAUUAGAGAAUAAUAAGAAAUGGGUUUAUUAGCCUUUUAUGAGUAAGAUAUAUAUGCCUAGACAUAAUGUAGAAUUGUUCCACCAUGCGUAUUUUCUUAUGGGUAUUUACAGGGAAUAUGGUGUAGAAUACUACAAUUAUCCAUGCCUAAAAAAAUCUCAUAUUACCAAUUAAUGAAUAUAUAG